AUGGUAGACCUCGACUUUUGGUACUCGUAUGGCCCAGGCUCGCCCUACUCAGCGGCACUCGGUAUCGGGUGGGUCCAAGAGCUCGUGUCUCGCUUGACAGAGACCCGUCUCGGCCCUGCCAACUUCACCACCUCCCUCAACGCCUCAAUCGUCACCAAUCCGACUCUUUUCCCCUUCGCUCAACCAAUCUACGUGGAUGCGACGCAUGACGCGGUUAUCGCUGCGGUCUAUGAAGUCGUUACCGCCCUUAAUUUCACCAGUCUUGCGGGAAAUGGGCCGCUUCCGACAGACCACAUCCCUAAGAAUCAGACGUACUUUUGCGCAACAAAUAUCCCCCUUUGGCGCAAACCUAGUGGGCCAGGUCCUCUCUUGCCCCAGCCGAAGUCCUGCUUCCUCUUCAAGUUCCGCGUCGGCUUCCACCCACAUCCGUUGGUUGUUGAACGAUGCAGUGGUGCCCCUAACGGGUCUUUCUGGCUGUGCAUCCAACGAAGCCGAUGA